GAGUGCGCAGAUGCGCAGCGCUUCAGCCUCGAUUCCAGGCGCGACCUUUGAAGAAAAACUGUUGUUGAGGAGUCAUGGUGCGGCCCGGAUCCGCUGCCGCCGCCGCGGAGGAACGGCAGAGAAAACUCCAGGAAUACCUUGCAGCCAAGGGAAAACUAAAGAACCAAAACACCAAGCCUUAUCUAAAAGCCAAGAAUAACUGCCCGAAUCCACCACCUCCUAAAUCUACUAUUAGACCCAAAAAGGAUGUUACCCACCAUGUUGUCUUGCCUGUCAAAACCACACAGCCCGUUAGCAUUAAACUCCAGCCCAGAACAGCCAAUAUUACAGGGUCACAGAAGCCAAAGUUGGAGCCGCCAAAACUUGUGGGCAAAGGGCUGACUUCAGGAUGUGUUUCUUCGAUGCCAAACGGUAAGCGUUCCAGCAGGACUCAUCACCUGCAUGAAGGUGGAUCAUCCACUGCAGGAGAACUGUCAAGAAAACCUGUGGGGUUACUCAAUAUGCAGGAAUUGAAACCUAUAAAGCAGCAAGUAACAGAUCAAGGAAAUGCUAAAUGUAUAGACUCUGUGGACAGUUCCCAUGUUGAAAACCAAUCUUCGGAUAUCUUUUUGAAAGAGAUGAACAAAGAGAACUUGUCCCAAACCUUAUUAGAACCUGAGAGGAAGCCAGAUCCUGAAUCAUGUGCCAUAACUAAGACAAAGACUAACUCUCAUAAUCCAAUCAAGGGAAGUUUGGCUCCUAAACAGGCCAUGGGCAAAAGUCCAGUGAAUAGUGCUGUUCUUAAAGACAGAGUUAAUAAGCAACUUGUUGGAGAAACACAAAUCAGGACUCUACCAGUAAAGUCACAGCAAUUGUCUAAAGGAGCAGGUCUUACAAGACCAGGAGAAAAACACGCAAGAACAGUUCCCUCUCACCAUAUUCAGACCUUUAAUAGGACUCAAGUAUUAAAGAAGCCAGUGGUCAAGGACAUAAAGGUUAGUAGGAGUAAAUACAAAGAACUAAAAGAAACUAAGUCACAGUCAUACCUUGUUAAUGAACAGAAAGUAAAAACUUCUAAACCCAGAAUAUACCCCAAUUUGCCGCAGAGUGAGUAUGGUAACAAACAUCCAAAUGUGAAGGAAAAUCAGAAGUCCUCUCAACCUUAUUUUAGACCUCCAACAUCAUGUGCACUUCAGAGAUCAAAAGCCAUAAGCCAGAGGUCUCAUCUGACAACUGCCAAGUUUAAUUCAGUUAUUCCAAGCACCCCAAGCAUUAGUGCAGAUGGAACCAAUGGUAAUAAAUACAACAACUUUCAACAAAAAGCACAGACUUUGGACUCCAAGCUGAAAAAGACCAUUCCUCAGAAUCAUUUUCUGAAUAAAACAGCUCCCAAAACACAAGCUGGUCGCAUAACCAUAAAUAGGAAAGGAGUCCUAAAUGAAACUCAAACUAAUCCAGAUACGAAAAAGAAGCCAACAGCAGAAGAUCGAAGGAAACAACUAGAAGAAUGGCAGAAAUCUAAGGGGAAAAUCUAUAAACGGCCUCCUAUGGAACUUAAAACAAAAAGAAAAGUAAAAGAGGAAAUGAAUAUUUCAUGCUGGAAGAGCAUUGAAAAAGAAGAAGAGGAUAAGAAAGCCCAACUUGAACUGUCCAACAAAAUUAACAAUACUCUGAGCGAAUGUCUACAGCUCAUUGAAGGGGGUGUAUCUUCUAAUGAAAUAUUUACCAUAUUGUCCAGCAUUCCUGAGGCUGAAAAAUUCGCUAAAUUCUGGAUCUGCAAAGCCAAGUUGUUGGCUCAUAAAGGCAGCUUUGAUGUUAUUGGACUAUAUGAAGAAGCCAUUAAAAAUGGAGCAACACCAAUACAAGAGUUGCGAGAAGUUGUUCUUAAUAUUUUGCAAGACUUAAACAGAAACGAGGAAGAAAUAACCUCUGACUGUUUAGUUGCUGAAACUAAUAAAACAUCAGUAGAAGAGCUGGUCAUGAAGAUGGAAUCUGAAAAGCCUUGUCUUUCUCCAAAAGAGAGGGAACAGGUUGUAGCAGUACCCCAGAUAACCAAGGCAGAACCACAGAAUCACCCUGGUAUCAAAUUACAGAUCGCCUCAAUCCCAAGCUUAAGUGGAAUGCCAGAAGUGCAAGACAUGAAGCUCAUCACUCCUGUGCGGCGUUCAGCAAGGAUCGAGCGGGCAGUGUCCCGCUACCCAGAAAUGCUGCAGGAACAUGAUUUAGUGGUGGCAUCUCUUGACGAGCUAUUAGAAGUAGAAGAUACAGAGUGUUUCAUAUUUCGUAAAAAUGAGGCUUUGCCUGUUACAUUAGGGUUUCAAGUUCUUGAAUCAUAAUUUUUUGAUGCUUCUUUAAAAAAAUAAAAUGAAAGUGUUUCCGAGCCUCUGUGAGACAAGAAAUGCCCUUGUACAGAUAACCUCAAAAAAUAUGUAUCAUGGAGCGGUAUCAUGGAUGUAGAUUAUGGUCUAAGAGCCUAGGAAGUAAUCGUCUGAACUUAUUAUCAAAUUUUAUAUCCCCCUGCAAAGGCUUCAGUUUGUGUAUUUAAGACUGUAGGUUGCUUUAGUUUUACAGCAUCUAAAUUUCAAACUAUUCAAUAUCCCGUAAGUAUGGUUAAAAAACAAAAAUUACAGUUUAUUAACCUGCUUUAAUUCCAGCAUAGACUUUUUUUUUUUUUUUUUUUUU